CUCGGGCGAUUCCGACUCCACUCGGCCUCCGGAGCGGCAACAGCGGCAGAAGCCUCCGCGGGAUGGAAGAGCCUCAGCAGGUGCAGGAGGUGGGCGCUCCCCCUGGCCCAGACCUCCCCAGAGACCCCGACCCUGAGGAGACGAUCCAAAACCUGCGGGUCCAGUUGGCAGCUGCAGUGGCUGAGGUGGAAACCGUCCGGGCUGUGGCUGCUGUGAGUGAGAGCACCAAGCAUGAGGCUGUGGAAGCUGUCCAGCGCCAGUGCCAAGAAGAGGUGGCCUCACUGCAGGCUAUUCUGAAAGACACCAUCUCUAGUUACGAGGCGCGUCUUUCGGCUCUAGAACGCGACAGUCGGGAGAAUGUGUGGAGCCGCCUCCUGCCACGGAGCAGCCCGUCGGACUCCUUGGAGAAACAGAUGGAAAAGGCACAGGAAGACACGGAGCGCCUCCGGGCCAUUGUGCUGCCGAUGGAGCAGGAAAUCGAAGAGCUGAAGGGGAAGCUGGUCAGGGCGGAGGGGCUGGUUCGGGACCUGCAGAGCGAGCAGGGCGGCCUCUUUAGCUCAUCGGAAUCCCUACUCGCUGACUCAGGACCCCCUGACGGACUGGGAGACGACCACGGGACCUUGGAGGGGGGAGGCGUGGCUGAGAAAUUUGCCUCUGGCCUCGACAGUGUCUCCAUCGCCUCUUCGUCCCUGCUGGUACCAAGCCCGGGCCCCCCGAUCCGACGCAGACGCUCCCCCAGCCCUGAGACAAUAUCAAUUGCCUCCUCCAGUGGGACCCUGGUGCCGGAGACCAUCUACCUCCCGCCCGCUGGGUUCCAGCUGGUGCCUGACUCAGAAUGGACGCAACUUCACAACAAGGUGCGGCAGCAACGGGAGUCUGUGGAAAAAACUUCUCGGGAGAAGGCCAACUUGGAGGACAUCCUGAACCGCAGCAGUGAGGAGUGCAACAAGCAGGUCCAGGUCCUUAGUGCUCAGAUCCGAAAAUCCGAGGAGCUUCUCCGGAGCCUCCAAAACACGGUGAGCAAGAGCCAGCAGCAGACUCAGGAGCAGCUGGCUGACCUGGGUGCAUCCCACAAGCGCCUGAGCUAUGAAGUGCAGCGCCUCCACUCUGAAAACGAGGGGCUGCGCAGAGCCUCUUCCCGAGACCUGGACGACAAGAUCCAGCGCUCGCCCAGCCCCAUCCAGAGUCUGCAGGGCAUGGUGAGCCAGCAGAGACUGGAGGUCGAAUCGCAGCUUCGGAGCGCAGAGCACCAGGCUGAACGGCUGCGGAUAGAGAUUGUCUCCCUGCGGGAGAAGCUAGACGAGGAGAUGGCAGCCAAGUCGGGACUGCAAGGGGAGCUGGAGAGAGAGCGAGAGGAAAAAGAACUCUUGCAAGCCUCUUUUAACAGCAUCCAGAGUGAAAUGGAAAGACUGCAGCAAGGACAGGAAGAGGGGAAUGGAAGCCAGGUGCAGGCAGAUGCUCCUUCCGAGGAAGAAGCCAGCAGCAUCCAGGAUGGAAAUAAGCCUUAGAGUGAAGGUGGGGAGGGUUUUCCUCCCAGCUUCAUGGGAACCUCAGGGAAACCAGGAUAUGUUGUACACCAAAGGGGUCAUCUCUGUCUUCCAGAGUUUUUCCAGGACAGCAUUGGGUGAGCAUGAGCUCUGGAAGGAUGGCUGGAAUAUCGCUUGUCCCUUCCACCCAUCCCUUCCACACUGGAGUCUCCACAACACAAUAAAGGAGGUUUUUGUAUUUGC